GGCUCAUCACAAAGAAAGCAUCUCAGGCAUGAAGGCUUAUAUAUGUGCUUACUUUGCCAUUUGGACCUUUUUUAUUUUGCUUUUUGGUCUUAACCACCAAGUCAGUACCAAGCUGACCAAAGACUGGAACUAUGCUGGACAGUGGUCUAAUGGCUCCUUGCGGAAGACCAGAGGCGUUGACACUCCAGUACCCAUUGACUGUAAACUGAAGGCCUGGUCGGCAUGGACACCGUGCGGUCCUUGCAGAAGCAAAUCACUUCGGUUCCAGUACACGGAGAAGUUGUCCCAGUUUGGAGGGGCAGCUUGUGUGCAGAGUCAGUGGGAUGAGAGGUUGUGCCCACCAGGCGGAGUGUGUGUUCCAGAAAACCACUGUGGAGAAAUGGUCAGAUGCAAGGAAACGGGGCGCUGCAUUGACAAGCAUCUUGUCUGUAACGGAGAUAACGAUUGUGGAUCUUUCAGUGAUGAGGACGAAUGUGAGGGAGACACAGGUGUCAGAGACGACAAAUGCAACGGUCUCUUUCCGGUUCCAGGCGCGACACGCGCCACUCAGGGCUAUAACGCCUUGACGGGCAGUUAUGUGUCGAACACCCUGGAUCCUGAAUACUAUGGAGGACCAUGUGAGUAUGUGUACAACGGAGAGUGGAGAAAGCUGACGUACGAUGCCUACUGCGAGAAUCUCUAUUACAGCGACGACGAGAAGUAUUACCGGAAACCUUACAACUUCCUUUCAUAUCGCUUCAUGGCACAAGCGCAGUCUGAUGGAAGUAUAGAACAAUACAACGAUGCUGUUAGUUUGCUGAGAGCCAAACAGACUGAAAAAUCUUCCAAAUUUGGUGUAACCCUUGGGAUUUCUUUCUUGGAGGCUGGUGUCUCAGGGAGCCAGGAAUCCAAGGCCCUUACAAACCUAACGCAACACACCAGUGAGGGGCUACAGUUUGUCAGACUGGUGUCCACUGUUCAGACGGCCCAGUUUAAGAUGCGGAGCAGUGACCUGAUGUUGCAUGACGAGUUUUACCAGUCGCUGAUGGACCUGCCUGAGCAGUAUGACUUUGGCAGCUAUGCCCGCUUCAUCAACCAGUAUGGCACCCAUUACAUCACCCAGGGAACCAUGGGAGGGCAACUGGAGUACAUACUGGUGGUCAACAAGAAGAAAAUGGGAGAAUCCAACAUUAAUGCAAGGGAAGCCGGCGGAUGCUUUGGAGUAUCUUUGGGUCUAAGCAUCAGUGAUGUUAAAUUAACGGGCAAAUUGGACAGCUGCAAAAAGUCUGCAACCUUUGAUGGGAGCAACACUGAAUCUGACAGCUAUAUUUAUGACAAGAUUGCCAUAGUUGAGGGGGGAAACCCAGCUGGCACCAGUGGAGCGCAAGAUAUCAACAACGCUGAGAGUUUCAGAAAGUGGGGGGUCUCUCUGAAAUACAACCCCGUCAUCAUAGACUUUGAAAUGCUGCCAAUCUAUGAGCUGGUGCGUAUGAGCACAGUGGCAGAGGUGGCAGGAACCAGGCUGCCCAACCUGAAGACAGCCUGGGAGGAAUACCUCCAUGAAUUCAGCUCCUGCCGAUGUGCCCCAUGCAAGCACGGUGGAAUACCAGUGCUCAGCCAGACUGCCUGCAAGUGCCUGUGUAAAGAGGGCUUUUACGGCUUAGCCUGUGAGGAGACCGCAAGACAAGUUUCUUCUGAUGGGGCCUGGAGCUGCUGGGGCAGCUGGUCCUCCUGUGUUUCUGGGAAAAAGACACGUCAAAGACAAUGCAACAACCCAGCACCAGAAAAUAAUGGGGUUCCCUGCCAGGGGAGCUCUGAACAGACACAACACUGCUGAUUCCAGUCAGUCACCGCAAUCCGUGCUACAUGGACCACAGUGGACAUGUCAACCCUAUGCCACCAGCAGUGAAAAUAACAGUCGAUUUACAACACACAGACUAGGUUACUACGCUACAGAGUGUAAAAGAAGCUGUUAAACUUUUAGGUUUAUCAGCUUUUUCCUACUGCUGUGCGUUACUUGUUUUUAUUAAACUGGGAAACAGAGUGAA